AUCACAAUCUCUACAACACCACCGUAACACCACCGCGAGGAUUCGAUUCAGCUUAACUGACCGCGAGCUCGACCAUGCCGUCCCCCACCGUCGCCCUCUGCAAAUUCGUCGGCACAAUCAGCCUGGGACUCCUCACUGGCGUCUCCGCUUCCCUGACAAGCCUCACGCUCCCUUCGCUCUUCAACCUCCCGAGCGCCGUCAAUGCACGGGAUGCCUUAACCUAUCUAUCUACCCGCACGCGGACCGUCACGACCUACCUCCGCAACACCGCCCUCAUCUCGCUCUUCGCCGCCUACGCACUCUCACCCCGCAGCUCCCGACAUCCGUAUUUGUUCUACACUAGCCUGCUUGCUCUCGCCUCAGGCUCCGGUGUCGACUUUGCUCUUGCGGCUCAAGACAAGCGGGCGGGUGGCAGCAGGUCUCACGCGUCCAUUGCGGAUCUGAAUGUCGAGACACCUGAGGACCUUAACGGGGAGCAGGUGCGGCAGGCCGUGGAGGGGAUGCGGUACACAGAGGGCAUGAGGGCCGCCGUGUCCGGCCUUGCAUUCGCGAUGGGUGUUGUUGGAAUCUGGGGGGAUGGGGCGUGAGCUCCUUGUGCUACAAAUUCUGUCAAGAACGACUCGAGAAGUAACAUGUGGAAGCCUGAGUGACUACGGCUGCGAACUGGAGUUGUGAUCAUUGGAGUUCUGGUAGACAGGUGGAUGGGCAUGGCCAAUUGAGGAUGGGGGUUCACAGCGUUGGCGAAGUGGGUAUUCAGAGGGAUCAAAUCUCCUAUCUAUCAUGGGUUUAGUGCCUUGUAUCUAUUGACUGUUAGCU